CUCCCUGGGGCGCACGUCAGUCAGGAGGCGGAAGCGCAGCGGGGGCGGGAAGGUUGUAGUGCUGCGAGUUGAGCUCCUUUUGCCUAAGUGGUCGCGCCCCCUUUAAGAGCAGCUAUUGGAAGUCGAGGCGGUCCCGGCGUCCUAGCGUCCCAGGAGAGGGUCUUGCUCAUCUUGGAUCUCCCCAGGAUUUAGUACGAAAGCACGAAGUUUGGAAACCGGCAACCCAAAGACCCUGGGGAUGGUCUCCUCAUCUAUAAAAUGGUGAUAAAUAAAUUAAGGAACUAAUUUCGAGCAUCUUACACAGUGUAUGGUGCAGAGCAGAUGAUUGUGAAGUGCUGACCAACUGCCACUGGACAUAAUUGAAACAAAAUAGGAAAAUGGCAGCAAACUCUUCAGGACAAGGCUGGAGUGCAAUGGCGUGAUCUCAGCUCACUGCAACCUCUGCAUCCCGGGUUCAAGCGAUUCUCCUGCCUCAGCCUCCCAAGUAGCUGGGAUUACAGGUUUUCAAAACAAAAAUAGAGUUGCAAUCUUGGCAGAACUGGACAAAGAGAAAAGAAAACUACUUAUGCAGAACCAGUCUUCAACAAAUCAUCCUGGAGCUAGCAUUGCACUCUCGAGACCAUCCCUUAAUAAGGACUUCCGGGAUCACGCUGAGCAACAGCAUAUUGCAGCGCAACAGAAAGCAGCUUUGCAGCACGCUCAUGCACAUUCUUCUGGAUACUUCAUAACUCAAGACUCUGCAUUUGGGAACCUUAUUCUUCCUGUUUUACCUCGCCUUGACCCAGAAUGAAGAAAAUAUUUGUGAUGGAAAAAUGACUUUGUAAUAGCAAAUGCCAAAGCUACUAUCAUUCAGUGCUAGAUGAACUGUGACUUUCAGAAUUUUGGUGAACUCUGAUAUUUUUUGUUUGUCUAAAAGAAAGGAAUGUGGAAGUGAAAGCAGAGAAAGGAUAACCAGAUGAUGAGAGCUGUGGAAGCUGUGGACACAAGGAAUCGAUUGUGUACCGUGACUGUAACUCUUUUUGUGAUGCUGUUUAACUCUCAAUCGGAUUCUGAAUUGGAUGGUCACAAAAUCAGUCCCCAACCCCUACCAAGUUUGACUGAAUAUAUCAUGUCCACAGUAGAUUUUCAAGAAUCAUUUAUAGUACUUAACUUUAAAGAAACAAGGUGCUUUUAAAAAAUGAACCAAUAGGCUUAAAUCAGUUACAUCCAUAUUUGCUCUUUAUAGGAUUGGUGUCAGUGCACCUUUCGAGUUUAUAGUCAACAUGUAUCAUCCUGAAAUAUUCUUUCUGAAUCAUAACUACAUCCUCUCUCUCACUUUAAAGCAAACCCCAAGAAUCAGUUACUAACCAGUCUUAACCAUCUUUUAUAAACAUACGCCCUUAUAAAUGAUGUGACUAAAUGCAGUUAAAACUAAUAGGAAAUGUAGUGGUUUUUGUACAUCCUUUUAACUUAGUGUCACCACAUAAAUGGUGAGUUUGCGUGGUCCUAGUGUCCAUUUUUGUUCUAACUGAAAACGUAAUGGCUGGGUGUGGUGGCUCAUGCCUGUAAUCCCAGCACUUUGGGAGGCCGAGGCAGGCAGAUCACUGGAGGUCAGGAAUUUGAGACCAGGCUGGCCAACAUGGUGAAACCCUGUCUCUACUAAAAAUACAAAAAUUAGCCAGGUGUGGUAGUGCUCGCCUGUAAUCCCAGCUACUUGGGAGGCUGAGGCAGGAGAAUCACUUGAACCCAGGAGGCAGGGAUUGCAGUGAGUCAAGAUGGAGUCACUGCACUCCAGCCUGGGUGACAGUGAGACUUCAUCUCAAAAAAAAAAGAAAAAAGAAAAGAAAAAAACUUAUCAUGCAAGUUGAGCUCCUUUUUUAAUUACUUUAAGUAGGAAGGAGUUUAGGUUAAGAAAGUCUCUCAAAAUGACCCAUAUUUAGCAGUAUCUGGGGUGCUUAUUUAAAUAUGCAGUCCCAUUGCCCUACCCUAGUCCUACAGAAUUAGAAUCUGAUUCAAAAUAAAGUCUGAAAACCAUGAAAUAGAGAAUUUUAUGAAACAUCUUGUACAAAUUUUCAUGAUGUAUUUAUAUAGGCAUGGGUUUGUAGAACCCUGAAACUUAGAGGUCAUUUAGCUAAAAUCUACAUUUCUUUUUAACUUUUAAUAGGAUUGAAAUGAUAUUUUACACUGUAUCAUAGAUAGACUAUUUUAUAUAACUUUUUGUAACUGACUUCAUCUUAGCCUCAAGUCCCAUCCUCUCUGGUGGUAGGGUAAAAACUGAAAAUUCCAGUUUGGGUCAAUAUUUAGUGAAAGUUCUACUUUCUUUUCAGAGAGUUUCUUCUCCCCCUUCUUCCUUAGAUAUUUUCACCAAACACAGCCCCAUCCUACUCAAACCAAGGGAAGCAAGGGUGGACAAUUCUAGAAUUGGCUGUGCCAUGUAGGUUUUUUUGAGAAUUUGAACUGAUUUCCUUCAUUUUGAUGAGGUGGCAACUGUCCCCAUUGUAAUGGUCACCAUUACAGCGAGGACAGCCUUACUUUUGCAGCUGCAGAGCUCCUCAGGGGGCCUCUGGCUCCUGUCCUUCCUCAGGUCCAUCCAGCUACUCCUUGGGCCUCCUUAUGGUAGCCCUCACAGUCUUGAGGUAAUUUCACUAGGCUUCUGCUCUCUGUGAUCUACAACAUAACUGACAUGGUUCUAAAUCUGUCUCUAGGGAAAUAACAAAUUAGUAUAUUUUCUACACUAUUGAAGCCUCUACCUAAUGUAUGACUUUUGUAGCUCAGGUAAAGAGACCUUUUUACCAGUGGUAUCCUUUCUAGUUUGUUAGCCUUUUAAAUAGAUGUGGUCUAAAUCCUGGCUAGGAAGCACUUCUCCACCCCUCUGCUUUGAGUCACAAAUUCAAUUUCCUAUGUAUUUAUUAAUACCUACAGAUAAAGCACUGUGCUUUGGGGGACACAAAGGUGACUGGCACCUGCUCUUUUAGGAGGUCACAGUGCAGAGGAUCCUAUUCUGGCAUACCAGUAGUGUGUCCAAACCACAGCCUAGGCAACAUAGCAAGACCCCUGUCUCUACUAAAAAUUAAAAAAAAAAUAAAGAUUUGCUAAAUGUGCUGGUGCAUGUGUAUAGCCCCAGCCACUUCGGAGGCUGAGGUGGGAGGAUUGCUUGAGCCUGGGAGGUCGAAGCUGCAGUGAGCCAUGAUUGCACAACUGCACUCCAGCCUCAGCAACAGAGUGAGACCCUGUCUCUAAAUCAAUCAGGCAAGCCAGAAUGCAGUAGUGGCCUGAGAGGCAUCCUGGAACCUGGUGGGGUCUGGCUAGGCUUAGAUGUGUUCAUGUGAUUUUACUUGGCAAGGGAAGGAAGAGCUGCUCCACGUGCAGAGCAAGGUUUCAGAAUGAGAAGUGCAGGCACUGCAGAGGGCGGGGGAAAGGGCAGCAGUGGACUGGGAAGCCCUCAGGUAGAGUUCAGCAUUUCUUCCCUCAGUGGGGAUGAGUUUCAUGAACUCAGUGCAUGUCCCUCCCUCUGUAAGAUGAGAACAGCACAUACUCUGGCUAUGUCAGAAAUUGUCUAGUAUUUUUCAAAGUGAAGCCUCAACCCAUUACUGAGUUGAGAAGCCAACUUAAUGGUUGACCAGGCUGUGACCAGCAUUUAAAAAAAUAAAAAUAAAAAACAUCUUUAGUUUACUGCAUGUAGAAAUAGGUGGUUUUGCCUCUUGAAUCUUCUGUUUCUGUGUGUUCAUGUAUGUGUAUAUUUUACUUUGUAUUGUUGGUUUUUUAAGGUACAGAGUCUUGCUCUGUCAUCCAGGCUGGAGUGUAAUGGCAGAGUCAUAGCUCACUGUCAGACUCCUCCAAUCCCUGGGCUCAAGCAAUCCUCUACCCUUAGACUCCCAAGUAGCUGGGACUACAGGCACAUGCCACCAUGCCCAACAAAUUUUUUUAUUUUUGUAGAGACAGCAUCUUGCUAUGUUACCCAGGCUGGCCUUGAACUCUUGGCCUCAAGCAGUCCUCUGGAUGCUUCCACCUCGGCCUCCUAAAGUGCUGAGAUGACAGGUGUGAGCCACUGCACCUGGCUUACUUACUUUGUCUAUUGUCUGUUCCAUUAGAAUGUAAAGUCUUGGCAAGAAUUUUUGUUUAUUUCCUUCUCUUCCUUUCCUUUCUUCCUCUUUUACUUUGUUCACUACUGUAUUCCACAUAAAAUAUAUUUGGCAUAUAGUAGGUGCUCAAUAUGUUAAAGGAAGGAAUGAAAGAAUUUAUAUGACUUGAGUUGCAAUAUAAAAUGUAUAUUUUUUUUUACUGUGAGUUAUGACUGAAAAAAAAAAAAAAAACCUUUGAAAGCACUUCUAAAUAAUGCAGAUGUCAGUGCUUUGUAUGACCCUGGAAUAAAAACUGAAAUGACUCAGUAA